AUGUCCUCUGUUCAAGGAUCAUCAUCUCAACCUGACCCCGAUCCGAAAGCAAGAGCUCUCAGCAGCUACAAGCGAAAAUUGCUGGAACAUCGCGAACUCGAUGCCAAACUCAAAGACAUGCGUCUCGGUUUGCGAACGUUGGAGAAGGAAUAUGACCGUUCAGAAGAGGAUAUCAAGGCACUUCAAAGUGUGGGUCAAGUUAUUGGUGAAGUGCUUAAACAGCUUGACGAUGAACGAUUUAUUGUAAAGAACACAAGUGGUCCUCGUUAUGUGGUGGGAUGCCGAAACACAGUGGAUAAGGAGAAGCUCAAGCAAGGUGCACGUGUGGCACUUGAUAUGACGACCUUGACAAUCAUGCGCAUCUUGCCUCGCGAGGUGGAUCCUCUUGUAUACAACAUGUCUAUGGAAGAUCCUGGUAAUAUCAGUUUUGCUGGUAUUGGUGGUCUAGGUGAACAGAUCCGAGAAUUGAGAGAGGUGAUUGAAUUACCAUUGUUGAAUCCCGAAUUGUUCUUGCGUGUGGGUGUCAAACCUCCCAAGGGUGUCUUGUUAUAUGGUCCUCCUGGUACCGGAAAGACUCUACUUGCCAAGGCAGUAGCCAGCACAUUAUCCGUGAACUUUUUGAAGGUGGUAUCCAGUGCCAUUGUUGACAAGUAUAUUGGUGAAAGUGCACGAUUAAUUCGUGAAAUGUUUGGUUAUGCCAAGGAACAUGAGCCCUGCAUUAUCUUUAUGGAUGAAAUUGAUGCUAUUGGUGGUCGAAGAUUUUCAGAGGGUACUUCAGCAGAUCGUGAAAUUCAACGUACAUUGAUGGAGUUGCUCAAUCAAAUGGAUGGUUUCGACUAUCUUGGCCAGACCAAGUUGAUCAUGGCUACCAACCGCCCCGAUACUUUGGAUCCUGCACUUUUGCGGCCGGGUCGUCUGGAUAGAAAAAUCGAGAUCCCCUUACCAAAUGAACAAGGUCGAAUGGAGAUUCUCAAGAUUCAUGCCGGCAACAUUACAAAACAUGGUGACAUAGACUAUGAGGCCAUUGUUAAGUUGUCAGACGGCUUCAACGGUGCUGAUCUGCGGAAUGUGUGUACAGAAGCAGGCAUGUUUGCUAUUCGAGAAGAACGUGAUUACUGUAUCCAAGAAGAUUUCAUGAAGGCUGUUCGCAAGAUGGCAGAUGCAAAGAAAUUGGAAACCAAGUUGGAUUAUGAGAAGAUCUAG